AUGAAUCACUACAGUAAGGUAUCAACUGUACUAGUUAAUUGCAGCAUCUCCAAAAAUGAUUAUUGUUUUGUAAAAAAUACUCCCUACUUGUGCAACAGGUGCCUAGAGUACUUGAAAAACAACAAAUUGUGUCCAAUAGCAUUGAGCAAUGGGCUUGACUUCAAGGAAAUACCAAAAUGUUUAUCUGACUUAAGUAUUUUAGAAGAGCGUAUGGUGUCCCCAUUCAUUCCUUUCAUGCAGGUAAGAGAAUUGUUACCGAAUGCUAUCAACUCACAACUAGGAAUCAAAGGUCCCACAAUACAUGUACCAAUUGAUCUUAACAAUGUCUUCCAAAAAAUUUUACCCCGAAAUUUCAAUAAUUUGUAUGUAAUAUUAAUUGAAUUUAAGAGAUGUAUGCACCAUAAAUCAAACUAUCUAUUUGAAACUGUGAGACCAUACAAGAUUAUUGAGGCUCUAAAAUACUUAAUAACUACUCCAUUGUAUAAAAAACACAAAAUUGAAAUUAACAAAGAGUUCUUCGAAAAAUAUGUAGGAGAAUCUAUUGCACAAAUUUAUGUAGCUCCAGAUGAGGAAAUUAUAGAUUGUAUAUCCAAUGAAUUUGAUUCUCUAAAUUUAAAUGCCAAAUACACGGAUAACGAUUAUGAUCAAGAUGAAUUAAAUCACCUCAAUGAAUCACCCCCAGAUCAGGAGUUUCUAGUACAAGAUAAUAAUAGCAUUAUGGUCUCAAGGGCACAGAUAACAUUAGCUCCAGGUGAAAAAACAAAACCAGUAUCAACAAAUCUAGAAAAUCUAGAAUUUUUGUGUCACCCAAAAAUAUAUGCAGGUCAUGCAUACGAAUUAACUGUAAAGCUUACAUACCAUGAUCAAUCUAAAUCAGAAAUUUUAAGAUACGAUAGGAGAGCGAGCGAACCUAGAAAAGUAUUGUAUAUGGCAAAUAAGUAUAUUGAGAGUCAAAUGCAUUCAAGUGUAAACAUAGCUUGUAGGAGAAGAAGGACAGAACACCUGACAGCUGGUAAAGCUCAAGAUGAUUCAUAUCUUCACAAUUUGUUUACAGAUGAUAAAGCAUAUGCCUUUUUACAAAAUGUCAGGACAACUCCGGCUUAUUUAAAUGAAAAAAGAAAGGACAUUUGUGCUAUGAUACGUCAAUUAGGAGAACCAACAUUCUUUGUAACUUUGUCUGCAGCUGAAAAAGAGUGGAAUGAUCUAAUAAGAAUAUUGCACCAAAUUCAAAAGCACAAAAACCUAACAGAUGAAGAACUGGCAGGGUUAAGUGAUGCUGAUAAGACACUACUCAUUCAGAAUGAUCUAGUAACAACAGCUAGAUACUUUAAUUAUAAAAUCAAAACAUUUUUCUCAACAAUUUUGCUAAACAAAGCUGGGCCUUUUCACAAGCAUGAAGUGUUAGACUAUUUCUAUCGAACAGAGUUCCAAAAUAGAGGAAGUCCACACAUUCACUGUUUUCUUUGGCUGAAAGGUACACCUAAGUUUGAUAGCUCUAAUCCACUAAACAACGAAAAUGUCAUUGAUUUUGUUGAUAAAUUUAUCACAAUUAAACAGUCAGACAUUAGUCGAUACCAAAUGCAUAAACACACCCAUACUUGUUAUAAAUCGAAAGGUAAACACCAACUGAAAGAAUGUAGAUUUAAAUAUCCUAAACCUAUCUUUGACCAAACUACAAUUCUAUUUCCCAAGGGCAAAGGCAAGAAAAUAACAGAAGACAUUGAAAACAGUUCCCUCAUUCAGAAAGCACUAAAUGAAUUAAAUGCAAAAGACCAUCUCAAUGGUGAGCCAUUAACUUUGGAAUCUUUUUUAACUUCCAAGCUUAACGGCAUGACUUAUGAAAAUUAUGUGAAUGCAAUAAGAUCAUCUAUCAAGAGCCCAGUAAUUUUUAUGCGUCGCAAUAGCCAUGAAAUAUCUAUUAACAAUUAUAAUUAUGAUAUUUUAUCCUUAAUGAGAUCUAACAUGGACAUUCAAUUUAUUAUGGAUGUAUAUUCUUGUGCCACUUAUCUCAUAGGAUAUAUUGCCAAAGUUAACACAGAAUUAUCAAAAAUCCUACGAGGUAUUAAUGAUGAAAUUACAAAAAACAAAAAAACUGCUACGAAACAAAGGUUGUAUGAAAUAGCCAAUACAUUCAUGAACUACACUACUAUUGGAGCACAAGAAGCAGUGUAUUUACUCCUUGGACUGGAUAUGUGCAAUUCAUCACGUGCUACAGUAUUUAUUAAUACCUGUAAACCAUCGAACAGGGUAAGAUUGUUAAAACCAAAAGCACAACUGAAGAACUUGCCACCAAAUUCGACAGAUAUUUAUCAAGAAGACUCCAUAGCUAAAUAUGCAAAUAGGAGACAGGAAUUUAAAGCGUACUGCCUUGCUGAUUAUUAUGCUAAAAUUCAAGACAAAAAGCGUAAUGCAGGAUUAGAUGAAAACCUAAACCUGGAAAAUGUAGAUCGAACAAAACUUAAAGUUAUUCGUUUUUGUAAUUUUAAAGAAAGUGUUGCUGAAGAAGAUUAUUAUAGAGAACAAAUCAUGCUAUUCUACCCAUGGACAAAUGAAAUGAAAGAUCUAAUUGACAUUAAUUGUAAAGAAACUUUUCAUUCACCACAAAUCAAUGAGAUAAUUCUACGAAAUAGGUCAAAAUAUAUUUUUGAUAAUGGCAACAAAAAAAUUGAUAAUUUAAUCUCUGUUAUUAAUGAAUGUAAUGAUGAUGGUGUACCUGAAAAUGACAUGGUUGAUCUUAAUAUUGUUGAAAGUGAUGAGUCUACAAUCAAUGAUCAGAAACCUAUCAUCAAUAGGCGUAGGUUCCCGUUACUUCAGUUCGAUGACAGUGACAGCGAGAUAUUCUUAUGUUUGAAUGAUGAGCAAAAAAGAUUUGCACUUCAGGUAUUACAUAAUUUCAGAGUGGCUCCGAAUGAACAGUUUUUGUACUUUUUAAGCGGCAUUGCUGGAUCAGGGAAGACCCACUUAGUGAAGAGUCUUAUCAAACUGGUUACGAAUUAUUUCAAUUAUUCAAUCAACACCCGGAAAGACACAAUUAAGGUACUAGUUGUCGCCCCAACAGGAAAAGCAGGCUUCCUUGUGGGCGGGACCACUUUGCAUCAUGCGUUUGGUCUACCAGUUAGGAAGCACCAUGUUAACUUAUCAGAGCUGUCAAAUGAUGUUGCAACAAGUUUACGUGGGGAGCUAAAGGAUGUUCAACUAGUUAUUAUAGAAGAAGUUUCUAUGUGCGGGUUGAACAGAUUCGCACAAAUUGAUUGCAGAUUAAAACAACUUUUCUGCACAACAAAAAACUUAGGUGGUAAAUCAGUCUUAAUAGUAGGUGAUAUAAAACAACUACCACCUGUGUUUGACACACCUUUAUAUUACACAGACUGUAAUGAUAUCAGACAUCUAGGUACAUCUUUAAUUUACCAGCAGUUUAAGUAUUACGAAUUAAAGACAUGCAUGCGUCAAAAGAAUGAUAUAGCAUUUGCCAAAGCAUUGAGUAAUUUUGGAGAAGGAAUUGUACGCCAGAAAGACAUCGACCUACUAAACACGCGCAAUUUUGAAGACAAAAUGGAGCUCAUACCGACAGAGACCAUUUUUUUAUUCCAUGAUAACAAGUCAGUGGAUGAGUAUAAUAGUAAAUUAUUAGCAUUAAGGCAAGGAGAGAGUGCCAUAAGUGUAGCAUUGGACACAGUAAAAGAUGAAAAUGUAGGUCUACAGACCAGAGCCAACAAUAGAAAUAAGAAAUGUAAAUAUAUUAGAAAUAAUUGGACGCCUUUAACUAAGCAUGACACGAUCUUAAAUCAAGAUCAUUUUGCUGGUGGUAGUAUAACGAGAAAACAAUUUCCUAUUGCUCCAUCAGAAUCUGCCACUAUUUACAAAUCACAAGGCAGUACAUUUGGGAAUAUUUGUGUGAAAAUUGAGCCGAGAAUAAAACCAGAAACUGCGUCACUAUUAUACGUAGGCCUCAGUAGAACAACAUCCAUCAAAAAAUUAUACAUAAAUGGCAAAAUAACAGCACAACACUAUCAAAAAAAUACUAAAUUAUUAGCUGAGUUGAAUAGACUUCGAACUACAGCUUCAUUAGAACUACCUUUGUACAGUGGUUACAAAGCAAAUUGCUACACAAUUUAUUACCAUAAUACUCAGACUCUGAAUAGUAUAAAACAGAAAGCCAUUGUCACUGACCCACUAUUCAGGUCACUCGAUUGCAUUAUACUGUCAGAAGCAAAAAUAAGAAAUGAAAGACAAAUCCAUUUGCAACCACUAAAUACUUUGUAUUACUCAGACAAAAAUGGGACCGAAAAGAAACCAAAUAUCCUUUGUUUAACAAAACAUUAUGCAGAUAAGCGAUUAAUUGUAACAAAGACAACUAAGGUACUAAAUUAUGGCUUGAUGAUCGACUUAUUACUGCUUCAAAUUAAUAAUGUAUACAUUCUGACUGGAUAUGCAUCUCCAAAAAUUUCCAAGCAUGAGUUGAAAAUAGAAAUCCGAAAAAUAGCAAAAUGCAUCACACCUGAUUGUAAACUUAUUCUCAUAGGAGAUUUUAAUUUUGACAACCUAACUCCUGCUAACAGUCAAUUUUUUAGCACAUUAGUGCCUAAUUAUACCUUAGUAUCAGCAUUGCCAGUUAAUAAGAUCACAACAAUUUACAAUAGUCAACUCGACAUUGUAUACACUAAUAUACCAGAAUUAAUAGCAAACGUUUAUACAUCAUUCUACAGUGAUCACUAUCCUAUUUAUGUCCAGUUAGCAUUUCAAUAA